AUGCCCAUCUCGUUUAACAAACACAACCGUUGUCAUUCUCAAACACUUCGAGCGAAAUGCACCAAAUGUUUACAGUAUUCAAGCAAAACAACGAAUAUUAUUCUGGUUCUUUUCAUCACACAGGGUCUAUUGGGAAUAUUAGCCACGUUCUUCCUCCUCUAUUCGACCGGUGUUAGUAUUCAUGCGAAAACACAAGACAUUACUACAGCACAACAUUUGCACAACGUGCAAUCUGAAAUUGGCAAGUUAACAAGAACAGCUUCUACUGCCAUUAAUAUUCUCGAUUACCGAUUAUAUUAUGGUACUCCUAUGAACAUUAUUAAUUUCAUGUUAUGGAAGAAAGUAUUUGUGCAUUUGGGAGAAUACUUUUCAAAUCCUGCUGUCAUGUUUCAAUUUGCACGAUAUGAUCAUGAUUUUGUUGGUUUCUACAAUAACACAUUUGAACUCACAGUAGGUAAUGUCACAACCUUGUUUGCUAUUUCGCAUAGGGAUGAGAGAGGACCCUUACUUUCGGAGAAGGAUCUGCAGUUCAUAAGGAGCGGUUCACAAUUCACACAUACAACCUUGUCGAGGCCUUGGAUACGUCAAUUCUUUUCGAAAAAUGUGUCACGACCAUACUGGACCGAUGUCUUCACCAAUGUGUACAAGGAGAAAGCAGUGACCUUUGUGUUACCCAUCUACAUUGAUGAACACGUUUCUAAAUUGCAACAACGAAGACUGAAAAUGGCGAAUAGCACAGCCAUCACCUCUAGAAAAUACCCUCGUCAAACACCGUUAGAACAUUUGUUUGGGGUGGUUGGAGUUCAGUUUACCCUUAAUUUCUUGAAUACCUUAUUGAGAAAUGUCUCAAACAAAGGUGAGCAUUGCUUCAUUGUCAAUUCUUUUGGAACAAUCAUUGCCAGCACGACACAUCUCUUUCCAAUUGAUUAUCGAAUUACAUUGACGCACAACAAGCUUUCCCAAGAGGCCAUAGUGUCCUUAAUGAUGGUCACAGAAAAUGGAAAACCCACAACCAUACCUUCCUCACAACUACGCAAAUUACUUGUGAAAACAGCUCCUGUCACUGAUGUUCAUGGUUUGAAUUGGACGAUGGUGGUGGUUAGUUUCGAGAGAGAGUACAUUUCUGAAAUUUUGAGAAAUGGGAUAUAUGCUGUGCUCGCCUUCCUAGUGUUGUUCAUUCUACAAAUUAUAUUCGUCUUCUUUCUAUUGCAAUAUAUCAAUCAUGGCCUGUUCAAUAUCACGAAAAAUGUGAACAAUCUUGUCACGUUACAAGGAAUUAACAAGUUUUUUAAAAAAAGCCAUUCUCCUCUGAUUGAUAUUCGAGAUAUGAGCAAUAGGUUGAAUACUUUACAGAGUGGUUUGAUCUCGUUGACUCCCUAUAUUCCUCAUAUUGUAGAAAAGAAAAUGCAAUCUAAACUUCCAGAGAAUGCUCGCCUUGGAAUGAGUGUGAGAAAUAUGACUGUCAUGUUUAGUGGAAUUUCAAACUUCACUACUUUGGCAGAGAAUACAGACACGUCAUUGUUUUUGGAAGCGACUACAGAGUUUUUUGAGAUUGUUUGUCGCUCGGUUUCAGUUCAUGGUGGAAUUAUUGACAAGAUCAUGGAAGGUACAGUCAUGGCAUUUUGGAAUGAAGAAUCAUUUGAAUGUCCCAACCAUGAAAUUUGUGCAUGUCGGGCAGCACUGGAAAUUAUGGAGCAAGUGAAAGCAGUGGAGGUAUUGUGGAAGCUUCGUAGUUAUCCUAAACUGCAUGUUCAUGUGGGAAUUAAUAGUGGUGAGAUGAACUGUGGAUGUAUGGGAUCCAUGACGAGAGUGAGUUACACAACCAUUGGCGAUAAUGUCAAUGUUGCAAGUCGAUUACAACAGUUGGCUGAACGUGUGUCAUGGCACAUUAUCAUUGGAAGUAACACAUAUCAUGUCGUAAGGCAUCACUUUGUGUGCUUAUUUGUGGAUUUCAUCAAGCUUAAAGGAAAGAAGCGUCCCGUAUUGGUGUAUGCUCUUAAAUGUUUCUCCAAAGAAGCAUCUGAGUUGGACAAAAAGUUGGAAAAGGAUUUGAACACAUGCAAACAUUAUUUGGCAAAAGGUGAAUGUUAUCAUGUUCGCCAAGUGUGUGAGAAGCUCGUACAGAUUGAUGGAAAGUGUCCCGUUCCUAGGUAUUUGUUAAAUCGUGCGUUGGAAUUAAUAACCAAAGCAGAGGUUGAAGAAAGGGCCCUCUCGAUAUGGAGUAUUUCUUCGCGUAGUGAUUCGUUGAGUAGUCAUUCUACUGCUUCACAGUAA